CACAUCUUCACGUCACCUCUUUCUCUUCUUCCUCCUCUCCUUGGUUCCUUCUUCAGCAAAUUCUCCGUUUCUCUCUUUAAUAACAAAAACUCUCCCAUUUUUUUCCAUUUCUGAAUUGUGAUAACAUCUUGCUGGUUCUAAGAGGACCGUCUGAUAACCACCAAGUUCAUGUGUUUUCUACACAAGUAGUUAGUUAGAAAAAACUUCAAACUAGGGUUUCACAGUGUGUCCAAAGUGGGAGAUACUUGGAGUAGGAAAAUCGAUUUAAAUCAACGAAAAUGAUUUGAGAUUAUCAUCUUGUAGAUUUGUAAGAAAAGCAAAAGCUCUCAAGGAAACUCCACAACCUAUAUAAGGAUCAAUAUUGUUCAAACAUCAUCAUGUACCAUCCAAACAUGUUCGAGUCUCAUCAUCAUUUGUUCGAUAUGACUCCAAAAGACUCUGAUAACGAUUUGGGUAUUACGGGGAGCCGAGAAGAAGAUUUUGAGACUAAGUCUGGUGCCGAAGUCACCAUGGAGAAUCCUUUGGAAGAAGAGCUUCAAGAUCCUAAUCAGCGCCCUAACAAAAAGAAGCGUUACCACCGUCACACGCAACGCCAGAUUCAAGAGCUUGAAUCGUUCUUUAAGGAGUGUCCUCAUCCUGACGAUAAGCAAAGAAAAGAGCUUGGCCGAGAGUUAAAUUUAGAACCUCUUCAAGUCAAGUUUUGGUUCCAAAACAAGCGCACCCAAAUGAAGGCACAACAUGAGAAGCACGAGAACUCGAUUCUGAAGUCAGACAACGACAAGCUCAGAGCAGAAAACAAUAGGUACAAAGAUGCUCUAAGCAACGCAACAUGCCCAAACUGUGGAGGUCUAUCUAUAGGAGAAAUGUCAUUCGAUGAACAGCAUCUAAGGAUUGAAAACGACCGUCUACGUGAAGAAAUCGAUAGAAUCUCCUCCAUAGCUGCUAAAUACGUAGGGAAGCCAUUGUUAUCUCAUUCCUCGCCUUCCACUCAGCUCACUUCCUCACACUACAUUCCCUCUCGCUCGCUUGGUCUUGAAGUUGGUAACAAUCAACAGACAAGUUUCGUUGGAGAAAUGUAUGGAACAAGCGACAUAAUGAGGUCGGUUUCUAUCCCUUGUGAGGCUGAUAAGCCUAUGAUUGUUGAGUUAGCCGUUGCAGCUAUGGAAGAGUUUGUGACAAUGGCUCAAACUGGUGAUCCCUUGUGGGUUUUAAAUGAUAAUUUGGGUGAGAUUCUCAAUGAAGAAGAGUAUUUUAGAAUGUUCCCUAGAGGUAUUGGACCAAAGCCUAUUGGUUUUAGAUCAGAAGCUUCAAGAGAGUCUACUGUCGUUAUCAUGAAUCAUAUCAAUCUCGUUGAGAUUUUAAUGGACGUGAACCAAUGGUCUAGUGUGUUUUGUGGGAUUGUAUCGAGAGCCUUGACGCUAGAAGUUCUCUCAACUGGUGUCGCAGGGAAUUACAAUGGGGCACUACAAGUGAUGACAGCUGAGUUACAAGUCCCUUCACCACUUGUCCCGACACGUGAGAACUACUUUGUGAGGUACUGUAAGAAGCAUGGAGACAACACUUGGGCGGUUGUUGAUGUCUCUUUGGACAGCCUACGACCUAGUCCUAUCACUAGAAGCAGAAGAAGACCCUCUGGUUGUUUGAUUCAAGAACUACAAAAUGGCUAUUCUAAGGUGACAUGGGUAGAGCAUAUGGAGGUAGAUGAAAGAUCGGUUCACAACAUGUAUAAACCAUUGGUUAAUACCGGUUUAGCUUUCGGUGCUAAACGUUGGGUUGCUACACUUGACCGCCAAUGUGAGCGUCUCGCUAGCUCCAUGGCCAGCAACAUUCCAACCGGUGAUCUUUCCGUGAUAACAAGUCCUGAGGGGAGAAAGAGCAUGUUGAAACUAGCGGAGAGGAUGGUGAUGAGCUUCUGUAGCGGAGUAGGCGCGUCGACUGCACACGCAUGGACUACAUUGGCCACCACAGGAUCCGACGAUGUUCGUGUCAUGACCCGGAAGAGUAUGGAUGAUCCAGGGAGACCUCCGGGUAUAGUCUUGAGCGCAGCUACUUCGUUUUGGAUCCCAGUGGUACCUAAACGAGUGUUUGAUUUUCUAAGAGACGAAAACUCUAGAAGCGAGUGGGACAUACUUUCGAACGGUGGUUUGGUUCAAGAAAUGGCUCACAUCGCUAAUGGUCAGGAUCAAGGGAACUCUGUCUCAUUGCUACGAGUACUUAAUGGCACGAACUCAGGACAGAGCAACAUGUUGAUCUUACAAGAAAGUUGUACGGACGUGUCAGGAUCGUAUGUGAUAUACGCACCAGUGGACAUGACGGCUAUGAACGUUGUCGUGAGUGGUGGGGAUCCAGAGUACGUGGCUUUGUUACCAUCAGGGUUUGCUAUAUUACCUGAUGGGUCUACAAGAGGAGGAGGAAAUAAUCUUGAAGUGGUUAAUUCCGGUUCACUACUAACCGUGGCGUUUCAGAUACUUGUUGACUCUACUCCAACAGCUAAACUCUCUCUAGGGUCAGUGGCUACAGUCAACAGUCUGAUCAAAUGCACCGUCGAGCGGAUCAAAGGUGCACUGGCAUGUGACAGAGCUUGAUUGAUGUGUUUUCAGUCUUGUGAGAUUCUCCAAAGGAAGUCAAGAACGCACCAUUUUGCGUUUGAUCUCAUUGCGUUUUGUUUGCGGGAGUGCCAAGAAGAGGCUUGAGAAAGAAAGGGUAAAGAGGUUCGGGUAUUGACUUCUGCUGGAAAUCACAAGAAAGAAAAAAAAAAAGAGACGUUUUGUUGUGGUUCAGGCGGUUGAGUGUUUAGCGUUUUCUUUGUUAUUUUAUCAUUCACUACCGAACAUGUUAGCGUUAUUGGUAAUGCGUACUGAUAAUGAUAUUAUUAAGCCACUUUUGUAGUACUGAUAAUAAUGAUAUUAUAAGAUUGUUUAUGAAACUGUG